AUGGUUAACGACACACACAGAGCGGAGACGCCGCCAAUUCCGAACGAUUACUUCAACGGAAGCGCGGCUGAGCGGUCGCCAGUGUAUUCACCCUCUAGGAAGACUAGCGCUAGUGGAAAUUCCGGCACGAGGUCGAGUGGAGCCAACUCUGCAUCGAGCCAUCAGACCGUGAUCCGUUUAUCUCGUAGUGGGUCCCCGGAGUACGAGGUUUCCGAACGUAAAGAUCCCCAGGCGCAGUACUUGGCGCAGGAGCGGGCCUAUGUCUCCAAGCUGCGGAACGAUCUUGUAGACGACUACUACGAAAAGGGGCUUAGUCCUGAAAGCAACGACGAUGGAAGCGACAGGUUCCUGGAUGACGAGUUUGAGGGCGAUUGGGACGAAGAGGGCCUGUAUUUGGGCGGUGUUGGCACGUCCUUCGAUGACCCCUACAGCCUCAGUAUCGAAGAGUCUUUCCAGUUCAUUGAAGGCCAAGGAGGCUCUCAAAAUAAAGCGGCGAUCCAGAGACGAACUGUAUGGCAAUCUAUGCUGACUUCGGUUCUUACUGGCCAGGUAAUCACCAGUGAAAAAUCAAAGAUGCGUACCCGCCGAGAGGGGUAUCGUGCUGGGUCCGAGGAGCAGGUUGAGGAGUUAUGGUUUGAGCUACGAGCGAAAGUAUGUGGACGAACCCUUGCUGAGCAGCGUCAAAUACUUACCCAGAGUCGGUCAAACGUUGCUGACGUGCUGGAGAAAGUUGCAACUUUCAAACUGCAGUCUGAAUCAUAUCCCGAAGUCCACGCCGCCCACCGGGUGGUUGGUAAAAUUGUUAAUCAGAUCGCGAAAUGUGAGCUCCUGUACAGAAACCGCAAAGCAAUGAUCGAAGAAUACCCCAUUCUUGCUCGUUCUGAUAUGAUAAUUCGUAUCGAAGCUUUGACGGCUUGGUAUAGCACCACUUCGCUCGUCUUUCAAGAAUUGAACUUGUUGCAACAGUGGACUGGAAACGAAGACGCCGACCCUACCAAGAAACCCACUGCUGAGGGAAUGGAACCUCUUACUUUAGUCGAGCGUGUAUUCAAGCAGGCCGAAGCUCUCAAGUCAAUUUGUAAAAACCGCAUCGAGUCUUAUAUUUUCCCGCUCAUGCGUCGGUGUCGAGAGAUUUCUACUGCAUAUACACACGUCUUUGUUGAAGAUUUAGGACUUCCUCUCCUCCACCAGGGUCUUGAACCUGUGUUGGGGUUCCCCAUGAAACUGCUGCGGCAAACAAUUCAACUGCGAUUGGACUACGCACGUAAACUGGUCAAUCCCACAAUGGUGAUUGUUGACCAAACAAUUCAACAGUUUGAAAUUUAUAUGAAGCUGGGUCUAUACGUCAUUGGCGAGUACAUGGAUUUAACCAGGCCUGUUCUUGAUAAGGGCUGGAGUUUCAGUCGGCAGGAUGCUAACAGUCUUAAUGAUGUUCUGUUGGAGUGCAUUACUCUUUAUCUUGAGCUUUUAGCCAACAAAUUCCUCGAUGGAGGUAAGACUUCGCUUUCGUACGUUAGAUCCUUCAAAUCUAUCGACAAUCUCGAGGAAAAACACUAUAAUUUUUUGCAAAACACUUGCAAACUCAUUGAUGGCGGUAGCAUUUCAGUGGCCGAGCGUUUCACUGCUCUGCAUAGUCGUAUUCUAAGUCGUCUGAUUUCUUACUGGGAUCAUCAGAUGCAAGGCCCCCAGAACAUGUCUACAAUUGAAAUAGAGCGAUGGUAUGGACCCACAAUGGAGUAUGUGCGAAGCAUCCAGCGGAAACUGCUUCGAUUUUACAAAACACUGAGUACCAACUAUGAAAACUCCACCGAUUACGAUCACCCCAAAACCAAAAUGGAAGAAUUCACCAAGAAACUUCAGGAAGCAGGGUUCUUCCUUGUGUUCAUUGAUAAGCUUGAAGUCCAAGGCAUGUACAUCUUUGCCAGCUCUAAUUUACGGGAUCAACCGUACACGAUCCGUCAGCUGGUCAGAGGAUAUUGUCGGCCAAAAGACGACCGUGAUGGAGUUGUACCGGCCAAAGAAAUUGGCGCCCUUUUAAUUCUACCAAUCCAAGAACCGCUAGUUUGGCAAGGUGAGAUUUACGACUUGGAUGCAGCAAUCAGCGAGGCUAAUUCAGUGGAUCCUGGCAGACUGAGACUGGUUUGCCAAGGAGGAAGCAGUGAGCUUUCAGAAGUUCGAGAAUAUUACUCUUUCCUCAAUACGUUGAAUAUCGCUGUUACUCGACGCUCGCACCUUGCAAAGGUUGAUGUCGAACUUACCAAGAUCCGUAAUCAGUUUUUCAAACUGUCUAUGGAGGUUAUGAUUAGUGCCAUGAAAUUCAGGGUUAAAAUGAAGCAGUAUGGAUGCCAGCAGCUGGUACAGAACAUGUAUACAUUUGCCCGUGAAAUUGGCAAACGUGGUGUCAAUUUAUUCGACGGUCGCCGUAAGGGCAGAAUUGUGGAGACUUUGAUAGAGUUGUGUGUGGAUUGGGUUUCUUUUGUUUGCGAUGACUGCCCUCCAAAUGAUCACAAUACCUACCGCUGGUCGGUAGUUGCUUUGGAGUUUGCAAUGCGUAUUACUCGCGGUACCAAUAUGAUUUUUAUGAAAGAGGAGUUAUUUGAAAAGCUCAAGCGAAAAGUGGCUGUGUGCAUCAGUUUGAUGAUUUCACAUUUCGAUAUCAUGGGAGUGGGCUCACGGGCCUCGGCCACUACGCAGCGUCGUAUCACCAAAGCUACUGUGCCACGGGCCAAAUUACCUGUGACACCUAUUGAAGAUGAUGACGCGCUGAUUGCUCUCUUGAGGGAAAGCACUCUGGAAAAGCUUGCCAAGCUCGAGCAAAAACGUAGCGAGCAUCAAAUGAUUGGCAAAGUUCUCGACGACACAAAUACCCAAUUUGAGUUUUUAAAUUUUGCGUCCUCCCUUACUACAGCAUCAAUUCGGUGGCAGCAAGGCAGAUACAUCGGCAGUGGCGCAUUUGGUUCUGUUUAUGAGUCACAAAAUCUCGAUACCGGCCAGCUUAUGGCAGUGAAGGAGGUUCGACUGCAAAAUGUCCAGUCAAUUGGACGUAUUCUCAAAACCAUCAAGGAUGAAAUGACUGUUUUGGAGAUUUUGAGUCACCCCAAUGUCGUUCAAUACUAUGGUGUUGAGGUCCACCGGGAGCGAGUAUUCAUCUUUAUGGAGUAUUGUGAAGGUGGAUCCUUGGCGAGACUCCUUGAAUACGGGCGAAUUGAGGACGAGACAGUCACCCAGAUCUACUCGCUGCAAAUGUUGGAAGGCCUUGCGUAUCUUCACCAGAGUGGUGUUGAACACCGCGAUAUCAAGCCCGAAAACAUCCUGUUGGACCACCUUGGAGUCAUCAAGUUUGUCGACUUUGGCGCUGCUACAGUUAUUUCGCACACUAGCCGCUCCUUAACAGGCCAGAUUUCCUUGGCAAGCUCCGAAGGAUCGAAGAGUAGUACCCCCCAGACGCGGCUUGGCUCGCUGAGGGGCACACCAAUGUACAUGAGUCCAGAGGUGAUCACAGGCAAGGGUAGAGGUCGUCACGGCAGCAUGGAUAUCUGGUCAAUUGGAUGCGUGGUACUGGAAAUGGUAACCGGAAGACGUCCCUGGGCUAACCUUGACAAUGAGUGGGCUAUUAUGUACCACAUUGCCGCGAACCACAUGCCCCAGAUGCCCAGUGCUGAUCAGGCCAGCGAGGAGUGCAAAGCGUUCCUGCUGAGAGCUCUGGAGCGAGAUCCUGCCAAGCGUCCUACCGCCAUGGAGUUGCUAUCCGACCCGUGGAUCACGAGUAUCCGCCACCAGCUUCUAAACAGCGGUGAUGAGAAAGCCGACGGCACUUGA